UUUUUCCAGAUAAGCUUGCCUGGAUUUCUAGUCAAUGUUUAUGUAUUUUUCAAACUUUCCACAAGAAAGAGGCCUUUCAGUGGAUUUCAUAAAUUGUGUAUAACAAAAUCCAUUCCAAAUUCUAUAGUAUGCUUGACCUUUUUGGUUUGGUCUACUCCAUUAUGUGCACUACAGAAAAAAUAUGAAACGAUUCCAAGAAGUUUGAACGUCGGCUUUGGACAAGUAGCUGGAUGGGGAGCUUACAUUUUGGGUCCAUUGCUCCAAGUUUGUAUGUCUUUCAAUCGGUUUUAUGUUCUUUAUUUCCCGCUUUCCUCGAUGAAAGUAUCCAGAUUUCCAAUCACAAAUAUUGCGAUAAUUUUGGCAUUGUGCAUUGCUGUUGUCUACACUGUAAUUGGAUUUCCAGACGAAUGUGGAUUCGUAUUCGACCCAAGCAUACUUUCAUGGCGUCCCGAGGACUUUGAGUGUGCCCUCUGGCUGGCUGAUUUCAUUUUCUACUCGAUUCUUAGCCUAUCAAUCACUUCAAAUUCACUCAAUUUUGCCACCUUCUUGAAACUAGUUUCUAGUCGAAGCGUAAUGCAGGACACACUUCAUUUGAUCGACAUGAUCAACUGUACAAUACUCUUCAAACUCAAUUCAGCAAUAUGGUAUCAGUUCAUUUUUCUGUCCGUCAGUUUUCUCCUAAUUCACGCACUUGAUGGGUGA